AUGGCCUCGCUCCAAAGAACGUCGUGCCGCAUGUUACGGACACUGCGGCAUCGCUCGAUAACUUCAAUACCUGUCCGCACCAUCUCCUCUUCAGUAACGAGACCCGAGGCGAGCUAUUAUGAGUCGCCCUUCAAGGGCGAAUCAAAAACGACGCAGAUUCCAAAUUUUAGCAAAUACAAAAGUGCUACCGGGACAAAUAGCAAUCUAGUCUUUCAGUACUUUAUGGUUGGAACGAUGGGUGCUCUAACGGCCGCCGGAGCUAAGGCUACUGUACAAGAUUUUCUCGUCAACAUGUCUGCCUCAGCUGAUGUUUUGGCUAUGGCUAAAGUCGAGGUUGAUCUUGCGGCGAUACCCCAGGGCAAGAACAUGCUCAUAAAAUGGCGUGGAAAGCCUGUUUUUAUACGUCAUCGAACCCAGGCAGAGAUUGACGAGGCCAACUCAGUGGACUGGGAGAAAUUGCGCGAUCCUCAAAAAGACGAAGACCGUACGAAGAACCCGGAAUGGCUUGUGAUGCUUGGUGUUUGCACACACUUGGGAUGUGUUCCUAUUGGCGAAGCGGGUGAAUACGGAGGAUGGUUCUGUCCUUGUCACGGUUCUCAUUAUGAUAUCUCUGGGCGUAUAAGGAAAGGUCCAGCGCCCUACAACCUAGAGAUCCCUUCAUAUGAUUUCCCAGAAGAAAAUUCGCUCAUUAUCGGUUAA